AUGAAAGACAGCAGUGAAUAUUAUUAUUUUCAACCACGAAAUCCACAGCCACCGAAUCUAACUCUUCCACCUGAGCCAGAGCUGGUGUAUGGAACAUCUCCCCUGGAACAGUCUCCGUCUUUCAUCGAUACCGUUUCCCCAAGACAUCCCUCUGACCCUUUAUCAUGUUCUAACCUGAUCCAAAAUUCUAACGACUUAAUGAGCUACGAUCCGAAUUUUUCGCAACAUCUAAAGCUAGGUCAGAAUUCAUCAUUUCAGCUACAAGAUUCAUGGCAAUUUGGUUUGGCUGAGGGUUUCAUGGUGAACCCACAUUGUCUCAAUUACGUCUCCCAGGGUGAUGCGGGAAACUAUAAUUUAUGGCAUGGGGACAGCCCGGGUGAAUCGCUCCUUACUGGUUCCUACGUCAGCCAGCACCAUCCGCCAGUCAAUUCUUGGGAUUUCUCUCAAUUGACACCUUAUCCGGAGCUGUCAGCACACGAUCCAAAUGGCUCCAUUUCAUCUAUUCAAUUUGCUGAUGGCCAGCGGUCACUGUCGCGACCGCAGUUUCCAUUGUCCAACUGCCCAGAUCAGUGGACAGACCGCAUGUUUUCAAACCGCCAGAGCACUCGUUUUGCAUUUUCACCAGAAACUUCAUUGAUGUCAAGUCCAUCAGAAGAGUCCAAUAAUUUGCAGCUCAGUCCUGAUUCAACAACGCCUUCCGCAACCAAUAUUCCUUCAGAUGGCGAAACUGGGAAUGGAAAGGCUAAUGAUACUUACUCCAGAUUGAUAUAUCGGGCUCUUCAGUCUGCCCCUGACAAUAAGAUGGCCCUGAGAGAGCUUUACCGAUGGUUCGAAAAAAAUACGAAUAAAAUUAAAAGUUCGGAUUUGAAAGGCUGGCAAAAUAGUAUACGGCAUAAUCUUUCAAUGAAUGCAGCAUUUGAAGGCAUGGAUAACACCUCAUCUCUUAAUGGUGCGAAAAGAAAAAGGACAAGUGCAUGGAUCCUUACAAAAGAGGCUCUCCGGGAUGGAGUGCAAUCGACUACGAGGUACCGAAAGCCAGGUAUUCAUGAAAUGCCUCCAAAAUCAGAACCUCCUGCUCCCCAGCGCCAAAUAUCCGGGGCGAGAGGCGGCAGAGCUGGUCUCCGGGAUGGAGCGCAAUCGACUACGAGGUGCCGAAAGCCGGAUAUUCAUGAAAUGUCUCCAAAAUCAGAACCUCCUGCUCCCCAGGGCCACCGAUCCGGGGCGAGAGGCGGCAGGGCUGGUCUCCGGAAUGGAGUGCAAUCAACUACGAAGUACCGAAAGCCAAGUAUUCACGAAAUGUCUCCAAAAUCAGAACCUCCUGCUCCCCAGCGCCAACGAUCCGGUGCCAGAGGCGCCGGGUCGAGAGGCGGCAGGGCUGCCAAGGAAUCUGCCAAGAUGAGGCGAGUUAAACGGGAGCCUCUACAACAAGAUGUGGCCAACAAGAUUGUGGAUGUCCAUAACUACCAACUCCAGGGUGGUGAUAUUACGUCGUUUAGUUUUGAAUAUUCACAGCCGAUGUUCUCCAAUCAGACUACCGGUUUUGCUCCCGAUAGCUUUGGUCUUGAACAUGUGAUUGGCAUCUAUCCAGACUCCGAUUACCAUGACAAUCAUCUAUUUUCCGCAACAUUAUUUUCGCAAGGCAAUGACUUUAGCACUCAUUUUGACGAUAUCAGUUGA